GUCACCUCAACCCUGAGAAGCAACAAAAGAAUACUACUACAUCUCAGGAAAUGAGAAAGAUAACGUUAGGCAGCAGAAACGAGGCGGUUGAGCCGGACUUUGUCCGUUCGGUCUUCACCGAGCUGCUCCUCACCUUCCUCUUUGUCUUCGCCGGGGUCGGCGCCGUCAUGACUGCAGAGGAGGUCGCAGGAGGCGAGGACCGGAUCAUGUGGGUGGUGGCGGCCCCGGCAGCAGCUCAGGCGAUGCUGGUGGCGAUGAUUACAGCGGUUGGCCUCGAUGUCUCGGCCGGCCACCUGAACCCCGCCGUCACCAUCGGGUUUGCGGCCGGCGGCUACGUCACCGUCGUCCGCUGCGUCCUCUACGUGAUCGCCCAGCUAUUGGGCUCCUCCAUGGCCUGCCUUCUCCUCAAGUACGUUGCUGCAGGACUGGAUGUACUCCCAGUUCAUGCACUUGCUGCAGGAAUGGAUCCGCUCCAAGGCGUGAUCAUGGAGGCCGUCUUCACCUUCUCCAUGGUCUUCGCCAUCUACGCCUUGAUCAUGGACCCCAAGAAGGGCGCAAUCGCCGGCUCCGCUCCCCUCCUCAUCGGCCUCACCGUCGGCGCCAACUCCUUGGCCGGCGGGGCCUUCUCCGGCGCGUCGAUGAACCCGGCGAGGUCAUUCGGGCCGGCGCUGGCCAACUGGGACUGGACCAAUCACUGGGUGUAUUGGCUGGGGCCCCUCGUCGGAAGUGGCCUCGCAGGGUUCGCUCACCACCACCUCUACGUCGCCGGGACGCAUGGCGUUCUCCUUCCCAAAGAUGACGAAGUCGGCUUUUGAUACUACUGAUCUGUGUUGUGAGAAUACUUCGUUACAUGUGGAUGAGACGGUUUCUAUAACGUCAUUCUACGUAUCGUUUUGAAGUCUGUAAAUAGCGAGCUUGAUAAAUAUUCAUAUAUGUCUAAAUAUUAAGAUUCUUCUCAUA